GGUGAUCCCAUUCAAGACGAGACAAGCCCAAUUGUGGUCCAUUUUUCCAUUUCCGAAGAUAAAGUCUGCAACACUCCGCCGGGAGGAGACUGUAACAGAGUUUAUUAUUGGAGAGCUCCAGAUUUCAUAAAUGGCUCCCUUUUCGUCGACCUUUUGACGGAAAUUGUCGAUGCAAUCUCAGAUAGGGAUUCUCAAAGGUUUCUUGAACUCAUUGAGCCUUCGCAAACGUCGUGGGCUGAGUUGCGACGAUGGAACCGGAAGCGUAAACAGUGGUUUAGCGUCAGUGACGACGACGUUUCAUUGAGAGUGCGAGAAGCGUGCUCAACAUUUUGUACCAAUGGAGACUUCAUUUCUCUUUUCCCACCUGAAGGGGAUUUUGUUAUCUUAAGUGCUGACGUCUUUAUUAACAACGACUCAGACCCCUUUGGGAAAAUUCGGAAGUUCAUUAGUCAGAAUAUUGCUUCCGACAUUGCUGCCGAUAUUGCGUUGUGUGGUGAGGAGUUUGAGAGCGCCGAGGAAACCGAGGAGAGCCAAGAUGUCUGUGUGGACGAUACAUAUCCGUCAGAUGAAGAAGAAGAGAUUGACGAAGUGCAAGAGGCAAAUCCUGAGAAGCCAUGCUAUUAUCCAUCACAGAUAGAAAUGGCAACUAUUCUGAAGAAACGAAUUGACACAAUUAUGUGGCAUUACCACAACAUCGCUAAGCUGAGCGACGCUUUCGACAACGUAGAGUUUGCAGUCUACACAGCAAGGUACCGGAUGCUUAGCGAUCAGACCGAGAAAAGGAUCUGUCACCCUGACGCUGGUGUUCUAUCGAAACAAGAACUCGAGUCACGUAAAGAGUGGAAUGGAAAGAAGAGAAUGUCCAUGCAUGUUCGCAGCGCGGAACCUGACAUGCAUUAUGAGCAGCUAAGAGAAGACGUCCAAGAAAAGCCAAGAACUCUUUUUAUCAUUAUUGCUGAUGAGUGCCAUUGGGGAAUAACAAAAGACAAAGACCAGAAACCAUCGGCUUACAAUCUGUUCAUCAAUGAAUGGUGGAAGGAAAACUCUCCCAGAAAUGUGGUCGUAGUUGAAAUCUCAGCAACACCUUUUAACCUUUUAACGCAGAACUCCCGCCUUCCUGAAGUCCGUUGCUUAAUUCUCUACGAGAGUAUUUCUACCGUGCGAAACAAUCAUUACGAAGCUGGUGAUCUCUUGGUUUUAGAAAGUGAACCUGAGAUUGAAAAACACGACUUUGCAAAACCAACUUCCAAGGAAGUAGAACUUCAUGUUGUACACUGGUCAGAGGUAGAGUUGAAGAACUUUGAAAGGGGAAUGCGAAUGAAACUCAAGUCAACAUUAACUGUUGAACGUUCUCCACACCCGCGAUACCUUCAUGUUUCCACGGAGGGGAAACUGGGCGUCGUAUACAAUGAAAGUGAUGCCACUGACUUUGAAGUACAGGGGAGUCAAGGUAUCGUGACAAUCAAGGCCAUUUUAAACGAAGGGAAGGUCCGUACACUGACCGGAGACUCGCACGGAAUGCUGGAAACCAUUGUUAACCCUCAGGAGUCAGCUAUGUUUGAGGUAAAGUUGGACUUUGGCGUUGGAGUUGCGGCGUUUUCUUGCAGUGACAGGAGAGAUCUCUAUUUAGCAGUCGACGACAAAGACAACGUUUUGUUACAAACAGCUAGAAUUGAAAGAAAAUGUGGUGUGUCUAUUAUGAAAGCCAAACACGACUUGGGUCGCGUUUCAUUCGAAUUUUACAUUGAUCACUGUGGACCAGCAGAAGUUGACUUGGUUGAACAACAGUACCUGAGUUUAAACUACUAUCUAAGCACCAUGAACUGCUGUAAAAAGAGUGAUCAAAAGAUUCGUCAGGACAAGUUUUUUCAAGGGAUCGUGGACACGGCAAAAAGACAAAACAAGCGCCGCAUGCCCGACUCAUCAUCCCUCAAGAUAGAUGCCCUGCUAUGCGCGGAGUACUGCUACUACAUUCUCCUAGUUGGCACAUACAACAGCGAUGACAAAAUCCGACAGGCACUUAUCAAUGGCACAGGAGAAUCUCCCUCUGAUCAGUUCAUUGAAAAAGUUCGUUCUUUCAGAGAAGAACUCAAGAAAAACGCAAAGUACAUUCAUCAGGAAGCUUUUGAACUGGUUGUGAGAGAAAGUUGCGGCGAGGUAAAAGAAACUUUCACAGAGAGUGUGAAAAAAUUCUCAAGAUCCCAAAAACAGAACAGAUCAACUGGUACAGUGGACUCUAAUCAAAAUUUAGAAACAGAAUUUGUUGCCUGUCUGAUGCACUUGUCUCGGGAAGAUCUAAAAAGGAUCAUGGAAGAUCCCCUCAUGAAUGGUAUUCUAAACGAGAUCAAAACGUCACUAAAACAAAACAACUGCCACAAAAUGAUUGAAAUCUGGAAGGGUGUUGUCCGGCAGUACGAAACAGGAUUUCUUGUAGAAAGCCUAAUCCAGAGUGGCAAAGGGGAAUCUGGUAAGAUGAAAAUUGUACGAGCAAAAAGCAUGGAAACCGCCGAUCAGUUUUACCACACCCUUAAAUUGGCCAGGAAACUGUCGUCCUUGGAGAAUUCAUUUGAGAUCAUAAGAGAUUAUGGUGGAAUCCAAAUCGAGAAACAGAUGAUGAAAUCAUCAAGUCCUUUCUUCCUUAAGCUCCAGCCAAGGGAAUGCCAGUUUAAAUUUGACUGCCGUUGCCGUGAGCUUGAGCUAUGCCCCGGCCGCAAGAAGUGUACCAAUUGUCAACACGUUCAUAAGUCAAUCACUCAGUAUGAAGACUUGGAAAAUUUGGCAUGUGUUCUCAUCCUGGUUGAUAAAGGUCGCAAGGGGGACACAUUUCCCCAAAGCUUUGAUUGCCUUGACCUUCGACUAAACUAUGACAGUAGUCGGGAAUUCAAAGAGGGCUCACCACUAUUUUUGUCAACUGUCAUUCAAGAACUUGGAAGAAUGUGCCGUUAUGCAAAGGCGUCAAUCCGAGAAUCACGUGAUCAGUACAAUCCUUAUGCGUUGGUUGGAAGGGAGCUUUACAAAAGGCUUGGUGAAACAUUGAAACGUUCCCCAGCUAUGAGCUUAAUUUAUUGUGCCAGAGCUGAUCGGUACAUGUCAACCUCCAAAAGCAAAUUUGAGACAUCAUCUUCACUGCGUUGGUUGGACUAUGAAGCUCAUAAGGAUCGCUAUGAUUACGGCAACAAGCAAACACAUUGCAACAGAAUCCUUCUCCAAGCUGAACCCCAGAUCGGCAAAACGGGUACCUAUCUUUGCCUCAUUAAGAAGCUUAGACAAAACAUUCGUGGAAAAGAAAAGAUGCCUCUGAUACAAACUACCGCAUUUGAUGAAGGCAGCUUUUAUCUCCAUGAACAAUGCGACUCCCUUGACGAUACAAUAGAAAGCAGCGUGGAAAGCGAUGAAAACUGGCAAUUUCCCUAUUGGAAGACGAUCGAGAACUCUCCCAGCCUUUAUGAAAAAGCGGUGGGACAGGGGAAGUAUUCAAUUGGUGGGCUCUUCUACACUCACGACAUCGAAGAUAGUCCCUUCUUCCUAAUGAAACGAGAAAAGAAGAAGCCAAUCAAGUCAAUUCUCAAUUAUCAGAGAUUGCUAUCAAGAAAUUGUGCAGAUGGUGUUCGCGCAUGGCAUUGGUACCACUUUGAGAACUGUGUUGAAUGCGGAAGACUACUUCAAGGAGAGCGGCCAGUUUUGGAGACGCUUGAAGUAACCAUAGAUGGCGCUCCAGUAGAGGUCACUUGUUCAAUUCCAACCAGCAGUCUAGCAUACAAUUACCUGCGAGGUCAUCUCAGGAGUUUUAGGUUAGUGGAAGGGUCCUGGACCGAGUUCAACUGCCCUGGAGUGACCUCGCUGUCUUAUUGGAUAUUCCAUCCCUCUCACAGAGAUGAUCCGCGAAAGUGUCUUCUAAACUAUCAUCACGUGAUGCAAGAAGAAAACCAAGUAGCUCGUUAUCUGCAAGUUGCUGUGGUUCGAAGUGAAAUGUUCCAGGCCUACAAAUCUACCUGGGGGAAGGUGAUUGCAAUAUUUCAGCUGCCAGAUGAACUACCGAACUGCGAAGUUGGACCGAGUGAAGGAGGUGUGGGUUACGCGAGGCUGUUUAUUCAGAAAAUUGCAUUUGCUCUAAAGCUGGAAUACAUUUUUGUGAUUGAUGACAAUGUGGCCUUGAUGUCCGAAGCAGUGUUGAGGUCAGACGAAGAAACAACAACAGGUCAGAGCGUUGUCAGAGAUGAGAAUGGAGUGAUGAAGAUGGAAAGAUGUUCUUUCUUAAAACCUCUUACUUACCUUCAGAAUAUUGCAAGCGGAAAGGGCAAUCCACCCGAUGAAAGAAUACAAUACGAGCCACAUCCUUUAAAGGAUCAUCCCGAGGGACAACAGUUUCCCCUGUAUACGUAUACAGGCCCCGCUAAGUUGUUUGGUGACAGCCCUUUCAAGAGUUAUGGCAUUCUAGGUCUUCUCAGAAGUGUCCCCAUAUCGGUCAGGCCAUUUGCGAAGACCCAGGUUUAUGCUGCUGUUUUGUUGAAUGUCAAAAGCACAGUGAAAAAGAAAGUGUUUUAUCGACCAUGGCCGUGUUGGGAAGACUUACGCUUCAACGACGAUUGCGACAAAGCUGAUUUAUGGGUAGUGAAAUGUAAUCGCUUUCUUUUUCACAAAGUCCAAUACAACGACUGGAUCAAGGAUCUCGCACGUCCGACUAUUUUUGUAUGGAAAAAAGAUAGCUCUCUGGAAAAACGACCACUUGCUAGUGAGCUGCCAAAAGUUGUUGAGGAGGAAAUCAUCUUGGACCACCUCCGCAGCUUUGUCAACACUAAGGGCCAUGAGAAUUGCUUCAAAGGACAGAUUGGAUAUGAUCGGCCGGACGAUUGUGAGGACCAACUCUCCCCCACAAAAAUUAUUGACAGUCUUGACCUUCAGAACUACGAAUGGAAGGAGCUCGGUUCCACUGAUGAAGUUCCAGUCCUUAUUGUGUCGUUCUGUGCUUCAGUUGCUAAUCGGAAGACCAGAGACAUGAUGCUUUUGAUUUCAGCGUUUUGUGCAGCCCAAGAAAAGAUUAUUUUCAUCACGAGUGCUGAAGAUGCAUUAGAAAGGUGGUCCGGGUUGACCCUGGCAACCAUAGCGUCGCACAAUGGAAUUUGCCUCACUUCCGAAAUGAGCGACAGAUGUGGUCGGUUUUCCAUUUUGUCUGCCGCUGACCCUAGAAGACAUCAUUUACGGUGGAUUGUGAUCGAAGCAUCCUUCUCCAAAGAAGAUGGCAUGAUUCUGGAAGAAUUAAAUGUAGCUGUUGAAAGAAACGUCUCUGAAAAUGCCACAAAAGCGGACGAAAGUAUCCUUGCUGAUCAUCAGCAACACUUCAGUGGAGAAAGAACGAAAGCGUCUGAAGAGGGAUCUGUCAGCACAAAGAGCAAAGGAACUGUGGAUGUAGGAUCGUCCCACCAACCACUGUUAAGAAGAGAUUCAGGUACCACAGAAUCCCUUACUGAAAACCGUUCUCCUCAUGAAAUCUCAUGCCUUAAAAGGCCUUUUCAUGAAACUUUAGAGCCAUUUGGUCAGGAAUGUUCGAGUGUCAAGAAAUCCCUUGAAGAAGUCACCUGUCAAAAAUCACCUUUUCUCCCCUCACACACUUUACGUCAUGAUUCACCUAACGCAAAGCAAAAAAUUGUUGAAGAGUCUCCAAGCAAGCGACGAAAAAUUUUUGAUUACUUUGGCCAGAAAAUUAACCAAACCCGCGACGAACAGAGUGUCAAAAAAACGUUUGAAAAGGGAGGGACAGCCGGAGAGUCAUCCAAUGGCAGGAAAGUGGAAAGAAAGAGAUUAAGUGUGGACGACAGAGGAGAGAGUAACAGCAAUUGGAAUGAACACAGUGAAGCCAUUUCGGAAACAGAACAAUCAAAAGUAAAAAAGAAAAAGCAACUCAAGACUGAAAGUAAUCAGAAAAGUAGAAACCCUAUUCAUACUGGCCAAGAGAGCAUGCUGAGGAGCGAAGAUGACAAGCAGAUGCCGUUCACAUCUUCUCAACAUGAUAUGCGUGAUGUAUAUGUUGUGAACGAGAACGGCGAAGAGACGUCAAGUGGCAAGAAAGUGAAAAAAAAGAAAAGUGGGAGCAAAAGCAGUGAAGAGCGUAACAGAAAAGGAAGUAAAAAUGAUGAAGCCACUUCGGGAAACGAACAGCCACAAGUGAGAAAGAAAAAGAAAAAGGAAUUCAAAAGUGAAAGUAGCCAGAAAAUUUGGAGCCCCUCUUAUGCUUGUCAAGGUCAAGAGAUAAUGUCAAAGAACAAAGAGGACAAGCAGAAGGCAUCUACUUCUACGUUACAUGAAGAAACUGAUGAAGAUGUAGAAACCACAUCUAAUGCUAGCAGCCAAACAAGCAUAUAUUCCAUACAAGGGGAGGACAGUGCUGAUGAUGGUGCAAGUAACAGCAAGUAUGAUGGUGCAAGUAACAGCGAUUUUAAUACAAGUUCCCUACGUAGAAUUUCCACUUCAAGAAAUCAAAACGCCGAAAAACUGUCAUUGUACAUGGCGGGAACUAACGAGGUCACAGCAGUUAUUGUUAACCUUUGGAAUCAACGCAAACAGAUGGAAAAACGAGAGGAUCUUUCAAAAGGACACGUUGAAAAAAGUCUCGAUUGCUUUGUAAAAGGGAAUUUGGAGACAAAAGACCAACAUGGCUACAAUGCACUUUUAAAGGCGUGUUCCUUGCCUUCUAUGAGUCCUCACGUAAUGCAGCACCUGAUAGUCGUUGAAAAAGUGGACUUAAACUGUAGGCUUCCAGAUGACUUUGACGAGCACCACCCCUCAGCCAAAGGGCUAAUUCCAGGAAUGUCCGCUCUGUCAGUGGCAAUAAGGAGACAAAAUAUAAGCUGCAUAUCAACCUUCAAAAGACGAGAACCAGAAAUCAAAGUACGAGACGCUGACCAGGAGGGGAACACUGCCUUGCAUCACUGUGUUGCAUCGGCAUCGAAAGGAGCAUUCCAGAAGCUGUUUCCCCUUUAUAAACAAUUAGACUGGAAAGAAAUGUUUAACAGCGAACGGAAAAGUCCUCUGCACAUCGCACAGAAGUUGGAAAUGGAUAGUGCUGGAAAAAAGAAGCAAGCACUGGGAUACAUUCUUGAGGAAAUGGAG